GUAAGUACAUGAAAGGUAAGUACUGCCAAAAGGAAAGCUCUCGUAUUCCAAGGAUCACUCAGUGGACAUGCAAUAGUCAACCUACUUUCAAAGUUUUGAAGACUACUAUCUUUGAUGUUUCCAAAGAUAAGCUGCAACUUUCAAAUAUGAGGCCCACGGCUGGUGAGUUCAAAGCUUUGAAACUGAGCAGUUUCAAGUUCGACACCGACUACAACUCUUACAAGAGUCUUCCUGUUCCCGAAGAGCCAACUGUUGCUCAGAGUGACAUUUCUGUCAAGCUUGAUGCCUUUUCUGAGAAAUUUCAUGGGUUGGAGGUCAAGAUCGAUUCGUUGCAUACUUCCCAACAGAAGAUUUCAUCUGAUUUGGUUGAGUUGAAAGAGUUUGUGUCUGCACAGUUUGUUUCUUUUGGUGCUCAGAUGGCUUCAAUGCAGACACAGUUUUCUACUGUUUUUGCCGAUUCCUAUGCCAAGGAAAAAGGCAGUGACUCUUCCAAUGAUGAUGAUGGAGGUGGUGAUGAAGCAGAUUUUGAUUUAAAUGAAUCUGAAGAAACUGAUGAAAAUGAAGAAGAGAAUGUUAUGGGUGAUGAGGAAGGGGAGGGUAGUGAAGGUGAAGAGAAGGAUGGUCAAGCCGAUGAAGAUUCUGACUCAAAAGAAAAAAAUGAUAAUGGCAGUGAUGAUGAUGCCACUGAUAGUGAGGAGAAGGUAGAUAAGUAGACAAUGUAACUAGGUUUUAGUUACUUUGUGUGGUUUAUUUUGUUGUAAGUCCGUUUUAGGUAGUGCUCUUGUAAUUCUAUGUUAUUGUUAUGUCUCUUGUUAUGUUUUAUUUUUCAGAAAUUUGCAACUAUUUUCAGACUAUUUAUUUGUAUUUAUUAUGUUAUUUAUAUGGCUGUGUUUGUA